AUGCAGUCACCUAAUCUUAUUGAUGGUACACCAUACACUGGGGUCUCAUCACCAAAGGGAACCAGCCCUGUACCAGCUAAAUUUAAUGAAAGAUCUCCUAUGAGAACUCCUCCUAAGGCUGGUUCCACCAACAAACUUCAUUAUGUGCCUGUAACUAUGCUUGAAGAUGUGCAGGCUUUAAGAACUGUGGCCUUCCAUCCCUCGGGCAGUUUGUAUGCUAUUGGAUCUAACUCCAAAGUUUUACGUAUCUGCUCUUUUCCAGACAUUCAAGACAUUCAGCAGUCACAUGUCACCCAACCUGCUAAUGUUGUAUUCAAAAGAACCAAGCAUCACAAAGGCUCUAUAUAUUGUUUAGCAUGGAAUGCUCAAGGAAACUUGAUUGCAACUGGAUCAAAUGACAAAUCAGUCAAACUAACAACAUUUAGUUUGGAUACCUGUACUGCUGAUGGUCCUGAAAUUGAGCUGACCUGUCAUGAUGGCACCAUUCGAGAUGUUCUCUUUAUGGAGGAAAUUGCCAACCAUUCUUCCACGUUGGUCAGUGCAGGUGCUGGUGACUGUUCUAUAUGUAUUACAGAUUGUGAACGUGGAACACUGGUGCGCAAAAUGCAAGGACAUUCUGGUCAUAUUUAUUCCUUGUGUCAAUUGAGCAGUCACAUGUUUGUAAGUGGCUCACAAGAUAAAACUGCUCGCUUUUGGGAUCUCAGAGCUUCAGCUGCCCUCACGUGUGUACCUAGUAUGGAACCUGGCAGUGCUUUUGCGUCUGUAUGUGUAGAUCCAUCUGGCCGCCUCCUCUCAUCUGGCCAUGAAGAUGCAUCUGUAAUGUUAUACGAUAUACGUGGUGGUCGUGUUGUACAGAGCUUCAAACCACAUCAGGGAGAAUGUCGUACUGUGCGCUUCUCAAUGAAUGCCUAUUACCUUCUCACAGGUUCCUAUGAUCAGAAGAUUGCACUUACUGACCUCCAUGGGGAUCUGCUGCGUCCUCUCCCCAGUGUGAUUGUGGCUGAACACAAGGACAAAGUUAUCCAGUGUCGCUGGCAUCCAUCAAAGCUGUCAUUUGUCAGUACCAGUGCUGACCGGACGGUUGUGUGCUGGGCUCUCCCACUGCCCUGA